GUGCACCGGAGAUGGGGGAGGGUUGAUUUCGUGUACGUGCCAUCGGCAUUGGUUGCGGACGUCCUCAACAGUUCAUCCGCAGCAACUGGGAGGUCAUCUGCAGAAGUUCAUCGAUCCGCAACACUUCCAAGUGAAGGGGACAGCAACAUAAGGGACCGAGUAUCCCUCGAGACGUCAAAUGCAUGGAAUCCCGGUGACUGCUGCUCCACUAACUUGUACGUUUGCGACAAAAGUGACCUUGUUCGCAGCGCUCCUGCACGUGUCAAGGUUUUGCGAGCGUUUACUGCUCCUGAACCCCGUCUAGCAGUUAGCUCCCCCUCGUCGUAUGCAAGCUCAAACUCGUUCCACUGUAGGUCCAUGGACAAGGUGGAGUUUGACGAUGUCACGGACAGAUUACUGCUACGUGUCAUGAAUGGCACUAAGGGGUUCAUCUGUAGUGAGUACACAUGGGAUCCCGUCGCUAAUGAAUGUGUCCAGCCCUUCAUUAUUAAUGCGAGAAGUGAUCUGCACCUAGAAAUUUCAUCCACGCAAGUCAAAGAGAGAAUUGUCCACCUGCAAGAAAAGUUCCGCCAACACAAGAGAGGUGAAGCGAACUUCGGAGCAAAUAUCGAUAUUGCGGAAAAAGUGUUCGGGGACCAGAUAGACUCUCUCCCACCAUCGUUGGAAAUAGAUGCACCUCGAUUAUCUAUUCCACUAUACGAGCAUAGGAAACGUUCGUCCACUGAUGGAGGUGCAGAGACCAGCAGGCGACCGAGCAAAUCUCGUCGUUCUGCUGGCCCUUCCUAUUCUAGAUGCAGUGAUGAUGCCAUCAGUCCUGAAUUUGCUAAGUUGAUGGACAGUGAAUUUAGUAUGUCUCGUUGUGUUGCCAAACUUCAGAGGCUUGGUUUCAAAGACCCAAGACUUUUCGAGGCUAUCGAUUUGCUAAAGGUUGACCUAGAAGCGCGUGAAAUAUUCAUGACGCUAGCGGACGAGACCGCAAAAGGAUAUGUCAACCGUCUCCUCGGCGUCGAAGGCAGCUAAAUUUAGGAGUUGUGGCUAAAUUUAGGAGUUGUAUGGGAAGACAUUGUGAUGACCUGUGAAUGUGCUUUGGAGCUUGUAAUGAGAUUUGGAGCGGUGCUUUGGAGCUUGUACUUGUGUUAUGUGAAUCA